GAGGAGAGAGGGAGAGCAAAUAAGAGAGGGAGGGAGACAGCGCGAUGCUAUUGGUUGACCGUUAGAACAUCAAGCGUGAUAGAAAUAUUUCUCUCGCAGUCCAAGAAACAGAGGAAGGCAGAGACAGUAGACUCAGGAAACACAAUCAGGUCUGUUUUCAAAACCUCUGGAAGAGAUAAAAAGACUUUAGAAAGAAGGAAGGGCAAAUAGGGAGGGGGUAGACAACAGAAAGGUGGACUAAUUAACUUAUGACUUCUUGGAGAUCUCUAAAUCAGAAUAAAUGCGGCUCAACAUGUAGAUGUUCUGCACGUCUCCCCCUUUUUUUCCUCUUUCAUAAUUAACCCUGCAGAGACAAAUCUCAGUGUUUUUGGAGAAAUCUGGGGGAUGCGUUUGAGAGAAAGAUGCAGAGCAGGGAAUUGUGACAUGGUGCCGACCCAAAUUGACAGAGACGAGGACAGAGUGGACUGUUCAGUGGCAGACACGUCUCCAACCAGACACAGGUAUUCUCUACUCGAUAUUAAGCUCGGGCGAGAUGUCGAUCCAUGCUAACUCAAACUGUCAUCAGUGUUUUGCUCUGAUCUUGUAUUUGUAAGUCCUCGUGGAUGUGUGGUGUUGGUGUUGUGAUGCUAAACAGUUGUUUCAUUUGAAACCUGCCUAAGUGAUUUAUACUUAUCAUUUUAUACUUUAAUUAGCAUUUGCUUUGACAGAAAUUAACUGUCUAACGUGCAAAGCAAUACGUCGUAUCAGAACAAUGUGAUGAUUUCUCUAAAAUAAUUCAGUAAUAAAGUAAGUAACAUACCAAGACACUGUCUGUAAAUUAUGACUCACAGAUAAUCUGCAAACUGGCUGUUUACAAAUGUGUUAAAUGUGGUUUUAAAUAUGCGUCACUAAUGGUGUUUUUGAUUUAGAGCAACAGAUGAGCUGAAAGCCAUAAGACAAACUACUGAACUAUCACAAGCCAUAACCAUCUUAGAUGAUAAUCCUCCUCGCUGUCGUUUAAACGCCGUGCUGUGCUCAGUAUCGACAAGAAUCCUGUGCUUCUGUUGUCGGCGUGUUACUCAGACACUUUGUGGCUUACUGUGAGGAAGAAAGAGAAAGAGAGAGAGAGAGAGAGAGAGAGAGAGAGAGAGAGAGAGAGAGAGAGAGAGAGAGGAAAAAAAAUGUGUAGGCUUUGUCUAAAGAGAAACUACAUGGAGGAGGAGGAGGAGGAGACAGACAUCUUGCCUGUCAGAGACUGAGCAUCAGGCCAACGACACACAACUGUGGCUGUGAACAGACAUUUAAGUGCUUCCUCAAUCAAAGCGAGACAGAUCCUGCUGUCAGGUAUUCAAAAAGAGACAAAGAGUGGAAGCAGUGAAGCCAUGCUGAUUAUUGAUUGUUACUAAAACUGAGCGCUCUACCUUCCUGGAGGACGCCCACCUCAGAGGGGAGGGGGGGGACAGACAAUAACCUCCACUAAAAGAAGGAGGGAGAGCAAUAGCCAGAGAGAGGCAGAGAGCAAAGGGAGAACUUCCCUUUCUCUGUGUCGACCCAUCUCGUCGUCAGGCUGGCUGGCUCAGCCAUGGCGUUCACCUUUGCGGCCUUCUGCUACAUGCUCACCCUGGUGCUGUGCGCCGCUCUCAUCUUCUUUGUCAUAUGGCAGAUCAUUGCGUUUGAUGAGCUUCGCACAGACUUCAAAAACCCCAUUGAUCAGAGCAAUCCCACCAGAGCGAGAGAGAGGAUCCUCAACAUUGAAAGAAUCUGCAACCUGCUCCGCAGAUUGGUGGUACCAGAGUACUCCAUCCACGGGCUCUUCUGUCUGAUGUUCAUGUGUGCUGGAGAGUGGGUCACACUUGGCCUAAAUAUCCCGCUGCUCUUCUACCAUCUGUGGAGGUUUUUUCAUCGGCCAGCUGACGGGUCAGAGGUCAUGUAUGAUCCUGUCAGCGUGAUGAACGCCGACAUUCUUAAUUACUGCCAGAAGGAGUCCUGGUGUAAGCUGGGUUUUUAUCUGCUCUCUUUCUUCUAUUAUCUCUACAGUAUGGUCUACGCCUUGGUGAGCUUCUAACAGACAGGACAAACUUGGAGAAAUAAAGGGAAGUAUCUGUAAGAAAGACACAGAGGAACAUACAGAGACAUCGACUCUUCCUCUCCCCAUGUAUCCUUCACAUCACUGGCUUGGAUUUUCAACAGUCUAACCUUGGACAAAACAAGAAGACCAAUCUGAGUGAUAAUGUGAAUGUAAAGGCCUCCACUCGAUUUUAUCGCUUUCUGCUGUUGGACCACUGGACAAGGUUUUGACAUGAAACACAAAGAGGAUGCAGCAGGUGUGUUGCCUUUGACCCAUUAUACGAAUUAACAAUAUAUUUCUGAAGGGCUGGAGUUUUCCCGUGCUGCUCUUACUGAUCCAGUCGCUCAACUCACUGUGAAUCUCCAAACACUUAUGGGCUGGAAAACAAAAUAACAUGUCUGUAUUCUUUGACUUUGAAAAUAUACUAGAAGCAGGAUUGUUUUGGUAUCUUUCCAUGUAUUUAAGAUAAUAGACACCUCUAAUAUGAAACCAGUGCUUUGAUUGUUUUACAGGUACAUUAAACUGUAGGAAGCAGGUUAAUCUGUACAGGUUAAGACAGGCAGAGACAGCCUGUCAGGGGAAUAACAAAUUGGUAUGUGCAUUUUUAACCAGGAUGGAGAUAAAAGCAUAGACCAAUACAACAACUGUUUGACGCCAGCCUCUGCCAAACGCCAGAAUUCAAAAAACAAGGAAUUAAUCAUAAGUUUGACUGCUUUGAAUGCUUGUAAUGUGCAUUCAGAAUAAGUAUGUCCAUAGCUGUAAGGACGUAUUUUAUGCUACAUGCUAGGUUCAUGCUUUCCAAAGAGCUUCAUGCUCAGACAUUUAAUGCCAAAAGUUAAUAUCUGAAAAACCAUUGUGCCAAAAAAAAUCAAUUAAAGGUUUGGUGUGUAGGAUUUAGGGGGACAUAUUCGCAGAAAUGUAAUAUAAUAUUAGUUUUCUUUGGUGUAUAAUCAGCUGAAAAUAAGAAUCAAGUUUUUUUUGUUACCUUAGAAUGAGAAGUUUUUAUCUACACAGGGAGCGGGUCCUCAACCAUGGAAUCCGCCAUAUUUUGACAGCCCAUUCUCACUCCCAACUCGUCAAACACAGCCGCUUUUACAGUGAUUUUGGCGUCAAAGUCCAAGGCACCGAGGCAUCUUUCACGACAGUAUGAUACGCAACGCCACGCGCCAGUUUUAGAGGCAGCGGGCAACAACCCAAGCCGUCUGAUACAGCCAUUUUGUCAUUGGACAAGGGCGUCAGACACAGACGCAGAGAGGCACCCAUCGUGGCAGUUUGUAACACCAUCAGCAACUACCCUAAUGUAAAGAGCAAGAAAGUCGUUAUAGGGCAGACAGGAGAGGACGUGGAUGGGUCCAACAAACUCUGGAGUUUCACCCAGGAGACUGCUGUUUGAUUCCUGUGUGAAUUUUCAUGUUCUGGGAUGCUGUGUCAAGUUCUGCCUGUUACAUGCAUUGCGUUCUUUCAAAAUACACUUCCAUUGUCACUGGAAAUGUACAGUUUACAUACAAUCUCUUUCAAAAUAAAAGCACUACGUCGGUACAACGCGAAUUGACAGUUGGCAUGGUUGGGUUUAGGCAACAAAAGCAUGUAGUUCGGUUCGGGAAAUAAAGAACAGGGUUUGGCUGUAUAAUCUUACGGGACACGAACACCGCUAUCUGGUGUGAAAGUCCAUGUUUGUUGGAUCCAUCCAUCACCCCUCCCACCUGCCCUACUCGGACUUUUGUCGCCUUAACUUUUGUUCGUGUCCUGCUGUGUUUCCCCCGAUGCUGCCAGGUAACAUUAAACUAUAACAGCAACUGGCCGCGUAGCGUGCCGACGUUAAAGGACGGCUUUAUUCGUCAGUGUCUGAUGCCGCAAGUCACUGCCAAAUGCCAGAUUUUGACAACUUUGGAGUAAGAUAGGGUUGGAAUUUCAAGCCAAACCAUGAUGUUUUUUUUUUACUAAACCUAACCAUGUGCUUUUGUUGCCUAAACUGAAGGAAUCAACCUUAAAAUUAAGUCCUAUACCAACGCUGUGAGUUUAUUCUGAAAAAGACUUUUUUUACAGUUAAUGAGUGAAAACUGUUUUUUGAAAAGACAAUAUACAUGUAACAGGCGUAAACUGACACGCCAUCCAUGAACAUCCAAAACAGACACAGGAGAGUACCUAGUGUGUCAUACUUUAGCGUGUAUGUCCAUUUACAAAGUGACAGUAUUUGAUAAGUUAGGAUGAGAACAUGUUGGUUUCUACAGUAGCCCAGAACGGACAAACCAAACACUGGCUCUAGAUAGGGCUAUUUGGUUUUUGUUUUGGCCACCGUAGUUAAUUAGCACCCCCUCCACCAUGAGUCCUAAAAACACUGAUUUGUCACUGGAAACUACUUUAUUCAGUUUUUAUUGGUUUUAAUCACCAGGUCCGAUUGUUUUGGAGAGGAAGAGACCUCUGUGGAUAAGUUGGCUCCUGGUAAAAACCUCUUAAACACCUGGAUCUUAAGUUAUUACGGAAGAAAGGUGAGCACACAUUCGCAGGUGGUGGGCUAGCGGCCCUUCUGCGACAAGCCAAACAGCGUUGGAGAGACACUUGAAAUGUUUUUUAUGUGAAACUGUUUUAUUCAGUGUUUUUACCGGUUUAAAUCAUCAGGUCAAUUUGUUUUGAAGAUAACGAGACCUCUGUGGAUAAUUUGCCUCCCGGUGAAAACCUCCUGAACAAUGAACACUGAAGGAAUCCUCACUAGGAGUUCAUGCGUGACACACGGGAGUUUAACCUGGUUGCAAUCUGCAGUCAUCACUGCUAGAUGCAACUAAAUCCUACACACGGCUCCUUUAAGACAAGUGAAAACAAAAAUGACAAAGCUGUAUCUUAAUCUACGUGCCGAGGCACUGCCAGGCCUCGUCUUUGUUUUCACUCUCUGUAACACACAUUUUGGCACAGUGUUUUUUUUGCCCUUAAAAAAUAGACAAAAAAAACUUAGUUCUGUUGUAUUUUUUAGUGUGCAAUGAGCGCCUUAUUUCUAUUAUCAGUUUACUCAUCUGCAUCUAUACUAUGGUCAUUUUAGCACAGCAACUGUUCUCUGAUCCGAGGUAGAAUAUAGAAAUCUCAUGUACAAAAAGCAAUUUUAAAAACAGCAAACUAGCAAUGUAAUAUGAUUCAUGAGACAUAUCGAUGCAGUGUUAUUCAGUGUAUGUAAUAACAGUGAGUGCGACACAAGUGGCAGAUGACACAACAGUGACUCUAUGACAAUGUUUCAGUUAUUUCAGAAGUGUAAAGGCAGCGGAGUCAUCUCAACACGUCUACAAUCAUACAGUUUCAGGAGGGACAGGAGUUCAUGUUGCCGAUGAUAUGUAAACAGAGAAGCCUUUUUUCCUCAGCUGGUGCUGCCUUCGCUAUCAUGUGUUCAUUAGUUUGAUCUGUUAGUAGAUAAGUGAUGGUUCAAAUGUGUGAUUUUAACAUCAGUAGAAAAACUGAAAGUCCGGGGCCUGAGAACAAACCGUGAUGUUUGUCAUGCACCGGCUCCCCGUGUAAUAAAUGGUGGUGAU